GUCCAGUUAGUUAUUCUUCAACUGUUCAGUUCACUACUACUAGUUUUCUUGUUUGGGGAGGAUGAUCAACAUAAAAAUUUUACUUCUCGUUGUUCUUGGUGUACUUCUGAGUUCAGUUGCAACAGCACCUUCAGAAUAUGCAACAUGUUACGAUAAAGUUUGCCCAGCAUCAACUACAAGCUGUUCGAAACAACGUCUAACAACAGAUGAUAACAAAUACCUUGACAUUAUUGUCAUAUGUUGGCAUAUUAAAGAUGAAGUGCAAAGACAUACAGACAGAAUACUGAAUCCUUUCGGCGGUCCUUUCGCAGAUGGACAAAUGUCUGCUUCAUUUCAUAUAGCAAAAGGAGGAAAAUUGGUACCCAAACUUGUCAGCGAAACAGAAAACAAUUGAAGAAGAAAUAGCAUUCUGAAGAUUUUAGUGUCUAAUUCAAUUGUUGAACAUUGUUUACUUAUUAUGUAUGUGUAAUACUUAUUCUAUUUCUCAUAUACACUGAAAGAGGGCGUUGUGUGUUUUGCAUCACGUCAAUAUUUCAUGAGCAUCUGAUUUGUGAUCGCAGUUUAUAAUUUAGUGUUAUUUCAGCUAAAUAUAUAUCAUUAUUAAUCGAA